AACUGCACGAAUCAUGCAUCAAGUACUGAGUUAUGAGACAGCAGUGCGAGCCAAUAAUUCCACAGAAUAUCGGGAAUAUGUAACGAAGCGAACUUGUGUCACUUUAAUAUUGACAAUAGCCUUUUUUACAUUGAUUUCAGGUUACUUAUUAGGCAACUUUGUGUCGGAACGUAAAAAUCAUAUAGCACUUUCAAAGAAGGCCAUUAAGCCACCUGAACAGAAAAACGGACCAAACACCAUUGAUUUGUCCAGUGAGGAUUAUGCCAGCUUGCAAGAACUGCACGCCUAUCAAAAGACUAAAGGGAAACUUUUAUCAUCGGCCCAAACACUUAAUAAAAUGCUGCAACAGGACGAAAGCUAUCGUUCAACUUCCCUUAACACGGAAAUAUUUAACAAGUACAUAUCGUGUACGCAAGAUGUACCGCCCAAUACGACCAUCGAUUCUAGCCAAUUUAUAGAACAGUUGGUUGAUAAUACCGCAGCUCGACAAAGAGAAUGCUUACGCAUCAUACAAGUGAUCAUCGACAAUAAUUUGGCGAAUGACUAAAGAAUAUAACAAUUAUAAAUAUACUCGUGUGUGCUCAGCUAAUGUUUAUGAUUAAGAAGAUUUUACCGUUACAUACCGCAAUCUUUAAAACGGGCCAAAUUAUGAAAAACUUAUAUCGCCAUAAAAGAGAAAAAGUCAAAAGUUGCUGAAAAAACGAAAAAAGGAAAAUG